GCCGAGUCUUCCUCCCGCGCCGCUGAGAGCCGCGCUGCCUGCGCGCACGGUGCGCCGCGCGGUGUUAGCGGCCCGCUGCCGAGGCCUCCCGGGCGGCCCCAUGGCGCUGUGCAACGGAGACUCCAAGCUGGAGAACGCAGGAGGGGACCUCAAGGAUGGCCGGCCACACUACGAGGGCGCUGUGGUCAUAUUAGAUGCCGGGGCACAGUAUGGCAAAGUCAUCGACCGCCGAGUGCGAGAGCUAUUUGUGCAAUCAGAGAUCUUCCCACUGGAGACCCCGGCCUUCGCCAUCAAGGAGCAGGGCUUCCGUGCCAUCAUCAUCUCCGGAGGCCCCAACUCUGUGUAUGCUGAGGACGCUCCCUGGUUUGACCCCGCCAUCUUCACCAUCGGCAGGCCUGUGUUGGGCAUAUGCUAUGGCAUGCAGAUGAUGAACAAGGUGUUCGGGGGCACGGUGGACAGGAAGAAUGUGCGGGAGGACGGCGUCUUCAGCAUCUCUGUGGACAACACUUGCACCCUCUUCAGGGGCCUGCAGAAGGAGGAGAUCGUGUUGCUCACUCACGGAGACAGUGUCGACAAGGUUGCUGACGGCUUUAAGGUCGUUGCUCGUUCUGGAAACAUCGUGGCAGGCAUUGCCAAUGAGUCGAAGAAGCUCUAUGGGGUGCAGUUCCACCCUGAAGUGGGGCUCACUGAGAACGGGAAGGUGGUGCUAAAGAACUUCCUCUACGACAUCGCUGGCUGCAGCGGCACUUUCACUGUGCAGCGCCGCGAGCUCGAGUGUAUCCGCGAGAUCCGGGAGCAGGCGGGCAACUCCAAAGUGCUGGUGCUGCUGAGUGGUGGCGUGGACUCGACAGUGUGCACGGCCCUGCUGAACCGCGCACUGAGCCAGGAGCAGGUGCUGGCCGUGCAUAUCGACAAUGGCUUCAUGCGGAAGCGCGAGAGCCAGUCGGUGGAGGAGGCACUGCAUAAACUGGGCAUCCAGGUCAAAGUGAUCAAUGCUGCCCACUCCUUCUACAAUGGCACGACCACCUUGCCCAUAUCUGACGAGGAUCGAACCCCGAGGAAGAGGAUCAGCAAGACCUUGAACAUGACCACGAGUCCCGAAGAGAAGCGGAAGAUUAUUGGGGACACGUUUGUUAAGAUCGCCAAUGAGGUUAUUGGGGAGCUCCACCUGAAGCCCGAGGAGGUAUUCCUGGCGCAGGGCACACUGCGGCCCGACCUCAUCGAGAGCGCGUCCCUCAUGGCCAGCGGCAAAGCCCAUCUCAUCAAGACACACCACAAUGACACCGAGCUCAUCCGAAAGCUUCGGGAGGAGGGGAAGGUGAUAGAACCUUUGAAAGAUUUUCACAAGGAUGAAGUGAGAGUUUUAGGCCGAGAGCUAGGCCUUCCGGAGGAGCUGGUUUCUAGACACCCGUUCCCAGGUCCUGGCUUGGCCAUCAGAGUAAUAUGUGCUGAAGAACCAUACAUUUGUAAGGAUUUUCCUGAAACCAAUAAUAUUUUGAAAAUAGUAGCUGAUUUUUCUGCCAGUGUUAAAAAGCCACACACACUGCUGCAGAGGGUGAAGGCCUGUACUACCGAGGAGGACCAGGAGAAACUGAUGCACAUCACCAGCCUACACACGCUUAGUGCCUUCCUGCUGCCCAUCAAGACAGUUGGCGUGCAGGGAGACUGUCGCUCCUACAGCUAUGUGUGCGGGAUCUCCAGUAAGGAUGAACCCGACUGGGACUCACUUAUCUUCCUGGCCAGGCUCAUCCCUCGAAUGUGCCACAAUAUCAACAGGGUGGUUUAUGUAUUUGGACCCCUGGUGAAGGAGCCACCCACUGACGUCACCCCCACCUUCCUGACUACGGGUGUUCUUAGCACUCUGCGCCAGGCCGACUUCGAGGCUCACAACAUCCUCCGGGAGUCAGGUCAUGCUGGGAAGGUCAGCCAGAUGCCGGUCAUCCUCACCCCACUGCACUUUGACCGGGAUCCCCUGCAGAAGCAGCCUUCCUGCCAGAGGUCUGUGGUUAUCCGAACAUUCAUUACCAGCGACUUCAUGACGGGAGUCCCCGCCAUUCCCGGCAGCGAAAUCCCCGUGGAGGUGGUGAUGAAGAUGGUGGCCGAGAUCAAGAAGAUCCCAGGCAUUUCCCGGAUCAUGUACGACCUCACAUCCAAGCCCCCCGGGACCACCGAGUGGGAAUAAUAAAGUAUUUGUGUGUCUUGCCA